GAAGACGAAGGGGGCAAUGGGGAGAAUUUUUAAUUAAUGUGGGUGGGCUGUGAAAGCGAGAGAGGGCUUGUUUAUCGGAGACCAUUUAUUUUCCAGCGCUAAGUCAACACAGCAUCGCGGACGUACCACAAUUAUUGCACACUCGUCUUCCCCCCCUUUCCUCCUCCUCCUCUUUCCUCGUUUCUUCCUUUCUUCCUCCCCUUUCGUUUGGGAAAAGAGAGAAAGAGUGAGAGAAGGAGAGAAGGAGAAGCAGCAGAAAGGAGAUCCUGUGCGUCAGAGGAGGUGGACGGGAGGGGCGCCCCCUUUGGGAGCCUCUGCCCCCCAAACCGGACUGAACCCGGGCUCGAAACGGGGUCCGUUCGGAAGGGAAAUGAGCCAGCUUUACAGCGGUGCCUCUCCCCCUCUGCUGCUCUAUGGGGCCGAGAGGCUACGGGGCGCUUUGCUGGGCUUCCCUUUCUCGCUCAGCCGGCCGGAUCCGCCUCAGAAGCCUCCCUAUAGCUACAUCGCUCUCAUCGCCAUGGCUAUCCAAGCCGCCCCCGGCAGGAAAGUCACCCUGAGCGGCAUCUACCAGUUCAUCCUGGACCGCUUCCCCUUCUACCGGGAGAACAAGCAAGGCUGGCAGAACUCCAUCCGGCACAACCUGUCGCUCAACGCCUGCUUCGUGAAAGUGCCCCGCGAGAAAGGCCGGCCCGGGAAAGGCAGCUACUGGACCCUCGACCCACGCUGCACGGACAUGUUCGAGAGGGGCAACUACCGGAGGAGGAAGAGGAGGCCCAAGACCCCCGAGGGGGCCCGGGAGGAAGCCCUGCCGCCCGAGGAAGAGACAGCAAGAGAGGAGCAGGAAGAAGAGGAGGAAGAAGACGAAGAAGAGGGAAAGGAGGCUCCUAGCAAGAGCCCAGGCGCACCCCAAGGAGCUGGAGUGCAAGAAUCGUCUCUUCAAGGAUCUGGCCUUCACGAAUCGGGCUUGCAAGGGCCAGCCCCCCAAGAAGGCAGUCUCCAAGGAGAGGGUCUCCAAGCAUCUCUCCAAGGGAGAUCGGCCCUCCAAAUGACGGUUCUCCCAAAGUCAGGACUCCAAGAAUGGAGCCUCCAAGGAACGCAUCUCAAAAAAGAACCCACCCUCCAGGAACCUGCCUUACGAAGGUCGGGCCUCCAAGAAGAAGCUCUCCCAAAGUCGCCCCUCCAGGAAUGGAGCCUCCAAAGAUCCGGCCUCAAAGGGUCGUCUCUCCAAGAAUCCUGCACUCAAGGAUUCAUCGGUUUCCAAGACUCAACUUUGCAAGGGUCGGCCCUCCAAGAAGGACCGCACCUCCAGGAAUCGGGUCUCCCAAAGUCGGCCUUCCAAGAAGGAAGCCUCCAAAGAGCGGCUGUCAAAGAAACGGGUCUCCUCCAGGAACCGGGUCUCUCAAAGUCGGGCCUCCAAGAAGGAAGUCUCCAAAGACCCGGUCUCCAAGAGUCGGGUCUCCCAAAGUCGGGCCUCCAAGAAGGAAGUCUCCAAAGAGCGGCUGUCAAAGAAACGGGUCUCCAAGAUGCCGGCCUCCAGGAAUCGGGUCUCCAAGAGCCUCUCCUCCAGGAAUCGGGUCUCCAAGGGCCUCUCCUCCAGAAAUCGGGUCUCCAAGGGCCUCUCCUCCAGGAACCGUGUCUCCAAGGGUCUCUCCUCCAGGAACCGGGUCUCCAAGGGUCUCUCCUCCAGGAACCGGGUCUCCAAGCGUCUCUCCUCCAGAAAUCGGGUCUCCAAGGGCCUCUCCUCCAUAAUUCGGGUCUCCAAGAGUCUCUCCUCCAGGAAUCGGGUCUCCAAGGGCCUCUCCUCCAGGAAUCGGAUCUCCUGAAGUCGGCCUUCCAUGAAGGAAGUCUCCAAAGACCCGGCCUUCAAGGAUCGGCUCUCCCAAAGUCUGGUCUCCAAGAAGGUAGUCUCCAAGGCUCGGGUGGUGGCGGAGAGGUGGGAAGAUCCCUCCCUGCCUCACCUGCCAAGGCGCCGCCAAGCUUCAGCAUCGAAAGCAUCCUGUCGGAGAGAGCGCUCCGCCGGCGGCCGGGCCCCGCGGGCCCCAAGGCCUCGUGGUCCUGGCCCUUGGCCGAGUCCCGCCCGGCGCCCCUCCUGCUCCUCGACUCGCCCCUCGGCCUCCCGGGAGCCUUCGGCCAACUGGGCGCCCUGCCCUUCCUCUCCUACCUGCCGCUCCGCCUCCCCGAGCCCGCGCCGCACUUCCCCUGA